AUGGGCGGUUCGAAGCAGCACGAUGCGACGGCACCCGGCGCCACCGCGCGUCGCCGCAAGUCCAAGCCGGCCCGCUCACGGCCCGCCAGCGCCGCGCGCGUCCCCCUCACGUCCGCGAAGCAGCUCAUCUUCGGUCGCAAGAUCGGCGAGGGCACCCAAGGCGAGGUUCGCCUGGCGCGGCACGCCACCACCGGCAAGAGAUACGUCGUCAAGAUCCUGGACCUCGACGAUCCCGACGAUCCGGACGACCCGUCGACGGAGGCUCGGGCGGUCGAGACGGAGGCGGAUUGCCUACGCAUGCUCUCGCACCCGAACGUGGUGCGAUGUCACGGCACCUUCCGGCUGGACCCGACCGCCGACGACCCGACAUCGCGCCGACGCUCUCGCCUGUGCAUCGUCAUGUCGCACUGCGAGGGCGGCGACCUCGCCACCCUCCUCGCCAGGACCAAAGGCCAGCCCCUACCGGAGGAUGCCGUCAUGCGUUGGCUCGUCCAACUCCUGCUCGCGCUCGAUCACGUGCACUCCAAGAACGUCCUCCACAGGGACCUGAAGCCCGCCAACGUCUUCCUCAGCAAGAACCUGCGAUGCGUCAAGAUCGGCGACUUCGGCAUCGCCAAGGCGCUGGAGCACACGGACGACCUGGCGGUCACCAGGGUGGGCACCCCGCUCUACAUGUCCCCCGAGCUCGUCACCGGUCAACCGUACACGUACGCGAGCGACGUGUGGGCUCUCGGGUGCGUCGCGUACGAACUCGCCAGCGGAGGUAAACGCGCGUUCGACGCCGACUCAAUCCCGCAGUUGAUGUGCAAGGUGAUGACGUGCGAUUACCCGCCCGUUCCGUCGCACUUCUCGAGGCAAUUCGAACGAUGCGUGGGCGCGAUGCUGGACCCGGAUCCGCACGAGAGGCCGACGGCGGCGGCGCUGCUGCGCCACCCGUUCGUGCGCACCCACGCCGAGGCGUGGCUC